GUGCGGCUCAAUUUUUUUUUUGCGAUGCCGAAGUUUGAACACUUUUGACAAUAUUUACGUAUCCCCAGAUUAUAAGUAAAACAAAGAAAGAUGAGCAAAUACAUCUGCACAAUAAUCUCAAAGACGCCAAUCUCACCAGCUCAGCGCGAUGCGUGGACCUCGCUGGCCUCCUCCCUCAGCGUGACAGUAACCAGCACCAAGGUCCUCUCCGACCGCGCGGAAGACUACACGAUCCAACUACCCGCCAACCUCGAGUUCAGCGCGCUGAAGGCAGCAGUGAACCCGAUAUGUCUGCAGGAGAAGAUUGAUGUUUGCUUGCAGCCGGAUAAUGUGUUCCGCAGGGGGAAGAGGCUGGUGGUGUUUGAUAUGGACUCGACGUUGAUCAGACAGGAGGUCAUUGAUAUGAUUGCCGCCUAUGCGGAUGUCGAGGACCGCGUUUCUGCAAUCACGGCCCUGGCAAUGAACGGCGAGAUCGAUUUCAACGAAUCCCUCCGCCGACGCGCAUCUCUGCUCGAAGGUGUACCAGCGACUGUGUUUGAGUCGCUGAAGAGCAAGAUUGAGAUUACAACCGGCGCCAUAGAACUCUGCAAGGUGCUGAAGAAGGAAGGAUAUACUCUUGCUGUACUCAGCGGAGGGUUUAUCCCGCUCGCGAGCUGGUUGAAGGGACAGUUGGGUCUUGACUAUGCUUUCGCAAAUACUCUGGAGGUAUCACCCGACGGCACAGCUCUAACAGGCAAAGUCCUCGGCGACAUCGUCAACGCCGAGCGAAAAGCCCAUCUCCUCCGGCAGAUCGCAGAGGAGAAGAGUAUCGAGCUACAAGAGUCCAUGGCUGUCGGCGACGGCGCGAACGAUCUGGUGAUGAUGGGCACGGCCGGCUACGGCGUCGCUUGGAAUGCAAAACCGAUUGUGCAGGCAAAGGCGCCGGCGAGACUGAAUACUGAGUCGCUACAGGAUAUAUUGUAUAUUCUUGGAUACACUUUGGACGAGCAGACUGCUUUGCUGGGCGAUUCAUAGAUUUAUAGAGAAUGAUUA